CCCUAACCACCUCGCGCCGACGCCUUCCUUCUUAUUUUCUUCCUCUGCCGGCACAACCACAGGUGGAGCUUCUCAUCGCCGGCCGACGAGAGCCAACCGAGGGUCUCCGUUUCUCUCUUCUGGCCGACUCCGGGCUUUUACCCUAGCGCCGACCACUGACCUUGAGCCCUAGAUUUGUCUCGGCCGUGGAGAUCAGGACGCGCCGCAGCCAUCUCGCGUCGCUCCGAUCACUACAAUUGGUGCCGACGCUUGCCGCCCAUCCGAGGCCCUUCCUUUGAUCACCAAGAAGAGCCCCUUCCUCUCCUCUUCCGCUCACCGAUCAGCCGACCGAAUUCUUCUGCUCUAGAUCUAUUCCGCGUGGUCUUCACUGUGCCCUGCCGAUGCUGCCAUCUCUUGACCCGAACAAUGCCGACCUCCUCCAUGCUGUGUUCUAGUUCCAGAUGCAGAGUCUGUUCUUCCACUGAUCUGGAACAAAGAUUUGGGCUUUUUAGUUUACUGAGUGAGUACGAGGGUAGUCUUGUGCUGUGGAUUUUGGUGGAUCUGGCAGUCAUUGACUUCAGCAAGUUUCAGCAACUUCUUGUUCUUGAACAAGGCUGUAAAUUGAGGACUUUGACGCGAGACGAGUAUCUUGACGUCGUGUUCGGAACAGAUUGGACUUUUCUAUUGGAGAGCAAAUAUAUUACUGGACUUCUACAACAAACUAAAAUGGAUGGUUCACGUCCUAUCUCCACACCAAUCAUUGAAGAUGGUUUCACUGCACCUUUAUCCUCGUCUUCAAUGGCUGACCCUCAGAACUAUCGAAGCAUUGUCAGUGUCUUACAAUAUGUUACCAUUAUACGACCCGAUAUUGCUUUCGUUGUCAAUCAUGUCUGUCAAUUUAUGCAUGCUCCUAUUGAACACCAUUGGGAAAGUAUUAAGAGAAUUAUUCGAUAUCUCAAAGAUUGGGUUGGAUCUCCAGAAGAUAGACGUUCUACUAGUGGUUAUGCUGUAUUUCUUGGACGAUAUCUUAUUUCCUAG